AACUAAAAUAACUGUAAACCCAUUUUGAAAGGGUUUAUCUAUCCACGGUCCAAAGCUGUUUCUCUAUCUCAACCAGAAAUGGCAACCAUACACCAUCACCACCUCCCGCUCCUCCACAACCCAACACCACCAGCCUUCAAACCCAAAAUACUAUGCAAGAAUUCCAAAAACGACGCAGCAUUCGAGGAGAAAAAGUCUGGGUUCGUGGACUACGACAAGGGCAUACACCAUGUGUCCACUCAAGUGAGUGGAAUCAGGAAAGACCAGAUUCCUCAACGCUAUCGUAUACGAGUCCAAGGAGACAGGUUCCAGAAGGACUGGUCUGUUUCUCAGGUUGUCCAGAAAGUUCUUGAACUCGAUCACAAGUCUGAUGAUGUUGAAGGUCUCUUGAACCGGUGGGUUGGCCGGUUUGCUCGUAAGAAUUUCCCUCUUCUUAUCAAGGAGAUAACGCAGAAGGGUUCAAUUGAACACAGCAUUUUGGUUUUUCGGUGGAUGAAGAAUCAGAGGAACUACUGUGCUCGUACAGAUAUUUAUAAUAUGAUGAUUAGGCUGCAUGCUAGGCAUAAUUGGACUGAUCAAGCUCGUGGGUUGUUUUUCGAGAUGCAAAAAUGGAGGUGCAAACCAGAUGCUGAGACUUGCAAUGCUCUUAUCAAUGCGCAUGGUAGAUCAGGUCAAUGGCGUUGGGCUAUGAAUAUAAUGGAAGACAUGCUGCAGAAAGCUAUUCCUCCCAGUCGGUCGACAUAUAAUAACUUGAUCAAUGCUUGUGGAUCUAGUGGAAACUGGAGAGAAGCUCUGAAGCUCUGUAAGAAAAUGACUGAAAAUGGAGUUGGACCUGAUCUGGUGACUCACAAUAUUAUUUUAUCUGCAUAUAAGACUGGUGCCCAGUAUGCAAAAGCUCUAUCUUAUUUUGAACUAAUGAAAGGUACAAAUAUCCGUCCUGACACAACAACCCUUAACAUCAUUAUAUAUUGCUUAACAAAGCUUGGUCAAUAUGAGAAAGCCAUUGGUAUUUUCAAGUCCAUGAGGGAGAAGAGAGCAGAGUGCCACCCUGACGUUGUAACAUUUACAAGCAUCAUCCACUUAUACUCUGUGAAUGGGCAGAUAGAAAACUGUAGGGCCGUGUUUAGUACCAUGGUUGCAGAAGGUCUCAAGCCUAACAUUGUUUCCUAUAAUACACUCAUGGGAGCAUAUGCUUCUCAUGGGAUGAAUAAAGAGGCAUUAUCAGUUUUCAAUGCAAUUAAAAAUAGUGGACUUCGUCCAGAUGUUGUAUCGUAUACAUCUUUGCUAAACUCUUAUGGAAGAUCACAACAACCUAAAAAGGCAAGAGAAGUAUUUGAGAUGAUGAAGAGAGACAAGUUGAAGCCAAAUAUUGUCAGCUACAAUGCAAUGAUUGAUGCCUAUGGAUCUAAUGGUUUGCUUGCUGAAGCUGUGGAAGUUUUGCGUGAAAUGGAACAAGAUGGAAUCUAUCCAAAUGCUGUCUCAAUAUGCACUCUUUUGGCAGCUUGUGGCCGCUGUUCUAGGAAGGUGAAUAUUGAUGUUGUGCUUCAAGCAGCUGAAAGGCGACACAUUAAAUUGAACACAAUUGCAUAUAAUUCAGCUAUUGGAAGCUAUAUGAAUGUGGGAGAGUUUGAAAAGGCUACUUCUAUGUACAGAUCCAUGAGAAAAAGUAAAGUGAUUCCUGACGCUGUUACUUUCACAGUCUUAAUAAGUGGUUGCUGCAAAAUGACAAAAUAUUGUGAGGCACUUGAGUUUCUUUCUGAAAUGAUGGACUUGAAGAUUCCUAUGACCAAGGAAGCUUACUCUUCUGUGAUCUGUGCCUACAGCAAGCAGGGUAAAAUCACAGAAGCAGAAUCUAUGUUCAACAAGAUGAAGAUGGCUGGCUGUAGUCCUGAUGUUGUUACCUAUACCAUGAUGCUACAUGCUUAUAAUGCAGCAGAACACUGGAAAAAGGCUUGUGCUCUUCUUCAAGAAAUGGAAGAGUAUAAUAUCCAACCAGACACUAUUGCAUGUUCGGCUCUGAUGAGAGCUUUCAAUAAGGGAGGUGAUCCAUCGAAGGUUCUCAUUCUUGCAGAGUUUAUGAGAGAGAAAGAAAUCCCCUUAAGCGAUGCUAUUUUCUUUGAGAUGGUAUCAGCCUGUAGCCUAAAAUUUGGGUGUAGAUUACGAGAUUGGAGAACAACGAUUGAGUUAAUUAAAUUGAUGGAGUCUUCAUUCUCUGUUGUUUCAAUUGGACUUCUGAACCAGCUUCUGCAUCUUCUGGGGAAAAGUGGAAAAAUUGAAUCUAUGAUGAAGUUGUUUUACAAGAUUAUAGGAUCAGGUGCUGAAAUCAACUGCAACACUUACUCGAUCUUGUUGAAGAAUCUUUUGGCUGUUGGAAAUUGGAGGAAAUAUAUUGAGGUAUUGGAAUGGAUGGAGGAAGCCAGAGUUCAGCCUUCAAAUGGAAUGUAUUUUGACAUAAUCUCCUUUGCACAGAAAAGUGGAGCCACUUAUUCUUCUAUCAUACAGGAAAGAGUUGAAUCGUUGAGAAGAAAAUCUGGGAAUGAAGUCUCGACAAGCAAGGUGUGAGAUCCUUCCUACUCUCCGCUGGUUAAAUGGGGGGGGGGGGGGAAUUAACCCAUGCCCUGCAAGAGGAGUUUAUGACAUUUCCAGUAAUAUAUCCAAACUGUGGAAAGAUGAUCAUUUUUCACACGAUGAGGAAUGGAACUUUGGAGUAGGAAAUGUAUAACAAGAAAUUAGUCACUGCAGUUGAUGCUCCUGAUGAAAGUUCAUUGAGCUGGGUAAUGCUAGAGCACUUUCUCAGUAUGUCUAUUGACGCCUGAGAGGUCCUUUGCUUUCAAAAUGUCGUAUUAGAAUGCAGGUUAUGUCUGUGAUCAAGGAUGAUGCCAGAGUGUCAUAUGCAAUUGUAGCAGGGGAUGGAAAUGGCCUAAUGUGAGGAACAAAAGAGAAUGGCAAUACAAAGUCAUUACUAGCGUCAUUGCACCUCUGAGAAUAUGGAGUUCAGUAACAAUGUAAUGUCCAGUCCCAUCAACAUUGAGAAUCUGGUUUACAAAUGCAAUCUAUUAUGUUCUCAAGAACACGAGAGGGUUUCGAUCCGAUUUGGAUUAAACCCGCCACUCAAGAGUAGACAAUCCACCGUGGACAGACUGGUGAUCCGGGCUGCUUUACUGGUUCAACGAUGUCCUGUUUAUGCCGUGAUAGGUCGAAGACUAUGGAUACUUGUUUGCUCAGUGUAGUUUCUAUCUAGUUUCUCUUUGGCGGAAAGACUGAAGCAAAUGCUAGAUAUCAAGUUUAACUACACAACCGACACCAUGGCUGGCAUAUGAUCUAGUUCUGUAAUGCGUUGUGAGGCAGUCGUUGGAUAAUGCAGCUGGUGAAAUAGUCCUGGUCUUUUGUCUAUAAUAUCUGUAGACAUAAAAUUCUGAAAUUGGUGUCUUUGUAAUAAGAAAAGGAAUAUUUUUUUAAUUAAAAAAAUGAGUAUCCCUUGUUCUUUCUUU